AUGAUAGGUGAAAUUCUUGUAUUUCUUCCUGGUUGGAAUGAAAUCGUUAAAUGUACACAAUUACUUGAAAUAUUUGAUCGACCACCUCAUCCAACUUUACGUAAAGUUAUUUUAUCAAGAUCAAUUAGUGAAAGAUGUAUUACUAUUAAUGAUCUUGUUUAUGCUAUUGAUAGUGGUCGAACAAAAGCAAGACGAGCUGAUCGAACUCAAUCCGGUGAAUGUUAUCGUUUAUUUACUCGUUGUAAUCAACGUCUUUCAUUUGUUGAUUUUCCUCAAGGUGAAAUGAUCACAUCACGUUUAGAUAAGAUUUAUUUACAAGGAAAAUUAUUAAAUGUAAAUAAUGUUAAAGCAUUUCUUCAAAAUGCACUUUAUCCACCAUCAAUUGAACCUAUUCAACAUGCUGAACAAUUUUUAUAUGAUAUUGGUGCAUUUAUAUCUCAUACAAAUCAAUUAACACCAAUUGGAAAAAUUCUUCCUCAAAUAUUUAAUAAUUUAUUUCGUUUACCCAUGGCUCCUCAAAUCGGCAAAUUAUUAAUCAUGGAUUAUUUAUUUUCUUGUUUUCAUUCAAUAUUAACAAUUCCAUCAAUUUUAACCUAUCGAGAUCCACAAUCUAUACUUCGUCUUGAAUUAUUUUUUCAAUCUCCACCAAAAGAUAAUAAUCUUCAACAAUCUUAUGCCAACGAAUUUCAAAAUAAUCAUGAUCGUAAUCAAGAAAAUUAUUUUUUAUCCAAACAAAAUCAAUCCGUAGAGAUUAAAAUAUUAACAAUUUAUUGGUUACUUACAGAAAAAAGUUAA